AUGAGUCUGCAGAGUCAACCCAGGUUUCACCUCCUGCUGGGCUGGUGCUUCCUUCUUUCAGUGGCCGUGGUGACCAUGGCUGUCGUACUGGUCAUGAAGACAAACGGUCCCCAGACCAAGGGUGAAGUGAUGUUAGGCAGAAAAAAUCUGUCCAAGGUUCUGCAGCCUGAAGUCGCAACAACACAGAAGCUAAAGGCCAACCGCUCGGUUGAAAAAGCCAAAGCUUUUUAUGGUGAGAAUGGCUACGUCUCUGCUAAGGCAGUGAACUACACAGACUCGUGCCAAAUACACAGAUGUGACCGUAACUCAUGGACUGAAGAUCCUUCGUGUGCUGUAGGCAAAUGCUCUCUCCUGUACCAGAACAAUUCUGUCAAUAUCACAACAGGGGGGUUAUACCUCUUCUACGCCCAGGUAACAUUCAGCCAGGACCAAAACACAGCAUCGUCCAGAGAGUGUACUGUCACCUUCCUCAGGAACACCCAAGGCACAGAGAUCCGUAAGCUGAGUGAAGCGACGCAGCACAACAAAGGCACGCUGACCAUGUUCAGGGUCUUUCCCCUGGUCAAGGGGGACAGCGUGACCCUGGACAUUUCUGACUCUUCUGUUCGCUACAGUGAUGAAUACACGUACUGGGGUCUCUUCCUGCUUCGCGAACAGGAUGAUUAA